GCGUCAGCCCGAAUGGCAAUAGAGAGAGCUUUCGGAUUAUUGAAAGGAAGAUUUCGAAGUCUUCUAACAGUACUUGAUAUGGAACGUGUUGACAUUAUUCCUAGCAUGAUCUUAGCUUGUUGUGUAUUACAUAACAUAUGUUUACUAAGAGGUGAUGAAUUCGAAGAUAUCAAUCCUAACAAUGUACCUGAAUCUGAAAAUGUAUAUGGUAAUAAUAUUACACAUGCAGAGCUUUCAAAUGCAAAUCGACGUGGAUUAAUAAAAAGAGAUUACAUUUGUGAACAAUUACAAAUGCGAGAUGUAUGAAAUAGUAAUAAAACUUAUUAUUAAAUCUUUAUGAAAUGUAAACGAAAUUUGAGAUUUAUUUUCAUUAAUCUAUAUUUACAUUCUAUUAUGAUUUUAACUCAAGUGGUCGGAAAACAAUUCCUGAAUAGAAUUUUUUUGUAAAAAAUUCAUGUAAAUAAAGAAUAUAUAUUAUUUA